AUGGAUUUAAAAUUAUUAUUUUUAAACUUACUUCUCGCUCUUCAGCUUAGAUUCGGAAGCUUCUUUGAGACUGAAAAAAAUGGAAAAAUCUUUGGAGGCAAAAGGAUUGAGAUAAAUGAAGUACCAUGGCAAGUAGCUUUAGAACAUGUCACUAAAGGAUUUUUUUGUGGCGGUUCUAUACUUAGCGAAUCUUGGAUACUUACUGCUGCUCAUUGUGUAACAGUAAAUCUUUCAGAAUGGUUUGUACGAUCAGGUUCUUCGAUUCGUUCAAAAGGCGGCGAAGUUCAUAAAGUAAUAAAGAUCUUUAUUCAUCCGAACUAUCAUGAAAUCACAUAUGAUAUCCUUGAUUACGACUUUGCACUAUUAAAAAUUCAAAAUCCAAUUAAUUUUGAUGCAUAUCGUCAACCCAUUAAACUUGCUGAACCACAUAUGUAUCAGCAAGGCGAUCUAGUCUUUGCUUCAGGAUUUGGGGAAACUAAAAAUCCUAUGGAAACCGAUGAGUUUUUGAAAGGAACUGUUUUACAGUUAACUGGUGAUUCAUGCUGCAUAAGCAUUUAUCCAGAGAUGACACGAAGUAUGGUGUGCGCUAAAGGGCAAAAUGCAGCCAUAUGUAGUGGUGAUUCAGGUGGUCCUUUAGUAAGCUCUAAAUAUCGCACAUUACUUGGUGUAAGCAGCUUCGGAUACGAGCCAUGUAACUAUUCUAGAAUUCCAGAUGUUUUUGCAAAAGUUUCAGAGGCAAAAAAUUGGAUUUAUCUUGUCUUGAGUAGUAAUUAA